GUCGGGAACAGUUCGAGGCACAGGUGUCGUCUUCGAUUCCACUUCUUCUUUUUUUUUGAGUUAAAACAGUGCUAAUUCUGAAAUGAAGGUCUUCAUCUGCCUGUUGGCCACCAUUUGUGCCUGCAAUGCCACCUUCCUGUCCUUUUUGGGUGGCGGUGGAGGAGGAGGAGGCGGAGGCAGCAAGACCACCUAUAACGUGAUAGCCACGCCCACUUCGGGAGGAGGAGGAGGAGGCGGCGGCGGUGGAGGUGGUCAUGGCUAUGCCCAGGGAGGCGGAGGAGGUCAUGGCUAUGCCCAGGGGCAUGGUUAUUCCCAGGGAGGAGGAGGAGGAGGAGGACAUGGACACGGUGGCUCCUCGCAGAUCAUCAAGGUCAUUCUGCAGGAGGGUCAGGGCUACAGCAACGCCGGAGGAUCAGCUGGCGGCAUUGUGUCCUCGGGCGUCCAAAGCUACAGUCAUGGUCAUGGCUAUGCCAGCGGUCAGUCCUAUGGCCAAGAUCACGGCUCCUAUGGCGGCCAGCAGGCCCAGAUCUACAAGAUAAUUGAACAGGCCCCGGCUCCGGCUCCAGCUCCAGCUCCAGCUCCCGUCGCCAUUCCCAUUUCGAUUCCUGCUCCUGCUCCGCCAGCCGCUCCCAUUGCCUAUCAUGCAUCGGGCGGUUCCAGUGGCUACUCCUACGGUCACUCCCAGGGUCACUCGCACUCCUACGGACAGUCAUAUGCCUCGGGACAUGGCUACGGUGGCGCCUCCUCCUUCGAUGCCCAGCAGUUCAAUGCCAUUCUGCCGCAGAUCAUCCAGUUGGUGCUGCAGGAGGAUUCCCUGGGCGGCGGCGGUGGCGGCAUUGGCUUCGGUGGUGGCUCCUCCGAUGUGGCUGCCAUCAAUGGCCAGCUGAUCAACACGUUCGGCUCCAAGGGCAAGGCCAUCAUCAUGAAGGCGGACCAGGCGCAGGGAGACUUCUUCAAGAGCGGUCAUGUGGUGCAGCGGGGCACACUGAAGGUGAUGCGUGUCCAGGAGCAGCAGAACCAGGGCGCUGGUGGCUCCAAGGGAGGCUGGGGCUCGGGAGGGGGCUCCUCUUCCGGUGGCUGGAGUUCCGGCGGUGCCUCUUCCGGUGGUUGGAGCUCCGGAGGUGGAGCUUCUUCCGGUGGAUGGAGUUCCGGAGGAGGAGCUUCUUCCGGUGGCUGGAGUUCCGGCGGUGGAGCCCCUUCCGGUGGAUGGAGUUCCGGUGGCCCACCCUCCGCCUGGUAGAUGCAGUGCAUCCGCUGACCCGCCUAGUUAGUUAGACCAAAUGAAUUGUUUUUUUUCGCUAUCUUCUAUUCUAUCGUUAUGUAUUUUUUUUCCUAGGCUAAUCCUUCACAGUCAUUAUCAAACAUAAAGAUAAUCAAAACAUCCAUCAUUAUUAACUUAAAUUAUUUGUUAAUAAACAAUUUGAAAUAA